AUGGAGAGGGGUUCAUUGAAGGUGAUGUGCAUGUUGGGAGUGAUGGUCGUGAUGGUGGGGAUUAUAGCGGGGGUGGAGAGGGCAGAAGCAGCGGGGGAGUGCGGAAAAUCUGAUCCAAACAAGGAGGCGCUAAAGCUAGCGCCAUGUGCAGAGGCUGCACAAGAUGAGAACGUGGUUGUUCCUGCCAAGUGCUGCGAGCAGGUGAGGGCCAUCGGCCGGAACCCACCCUGCCUCUGCGCUGUCAUGAUGUCUGAUCUCGCCAAGAACUCAGGGAUGAAGCCUGCCAUCGCCAUCACCAUCCCCAAGCGCUGCAACAUUGCGGAUCGUCCCGUGGGUUACAAAUGCGGACAGGAUUUGCCUUUAUAUCCCCAACCUAUUGCUCUUCCCAGUUCAAGGUUCAAAAAUAGCAUUGAACAAAACCAUCGACGGUUUCAUCAAACCAUUGAUGGUUUUCUUCCUAAUUACCUUCUGCUUGAAACCAUUGAUGUAACCAUCAGUGUACUGUACAAACUGUCAAUGGUUUUCUUCUAG